AUGGGAAAGAAACGCGAUCACGAAGGCGACCUCGCGCUGGCCGACGACGCCGCCGGCUCGCCAUCAAGCGGUGGGGCGACAACGACCAAUUUCAGAAACGUCUCGGCGUGUAAUCGCUGUCGCAAUAGAAAGAAUCGCUGCGAUCAGAAACUACCCAAGUGCACAAACUGCUUAAAGGCCAAUGUCAAAUGCGUAGGCUUCGAUCCUGUCAGCAAGCGAGAGAUUCCACGCAGCUAUGUCUACUAUCUGGAGACACGGGUUGUCAAUCUCGAGGCCAUCUUGGACGCCAAUGGCCUCUCCUAUCCGCCACCGCAGGAAGACUUUGCCAUCAGCGAGGCCAUAAAACCAGGCGUAAAUGUGCCUUUUCCUGUCCUCGAAGAUGAAUCUCCCGUACAAUCGACACCAAAGACACCCUUAGCUUCCAACGUUACACCCACGCUCGAUCCAGCUCUUGUAGAGCUGGAUGAAGGUGCAAGGCUGGACAACCUGGUCAACAACAUCGGGAUGGUGUCGGUUCAUGGGGCCUCAGGCCCGCGCUUUGCGCCUUCUACUGCAGGUAUCAGCUUUGCCAAUGUCGUGUUUGCUGCUGUCAAACGAUCCGUGCACCCAACUUCCACAGCUUCGGAGAAAAGUGCAAGCAAGCCUCCCAAGUUGCUGCCCAGUGAGACUGCCAGCGGAGGACCGACGAUGAGAGAUAGCUUCUUUGGUCUUCAUUCGAAGCCUACGAUCAAGCAGGCUCCUUUCCCAGAAAAGGAACUCGGCUAUCGUUUGACAGAACUGUACUUUGAGCAUGCAAAUCCCCAAAUACCUGUGCUGCAUCGACCCGAAUUCAUGUCUUUGUUUGAGCGUGUCUAUGCAACAGAUCAAAAGAAAAGGACGCCUCGAGAGCUGUACUUGCUAAACAUCGUCUUUGCCAUUGGGUCAGGAAUCAUCAUGGACUCCUCGAAUGUCGAGCAAACUAUGGCUGCCACGGAGUCUUCUUUGGACGGUUCGAAACCACCAAGCAAGAAAAGAGCGAGAAUUGCAAAUCAACAGCACCAGCCGGAGGAGUAUCAUGCAUCUGCCAUCAUUCACCUUGAAAGCUUUUUAGGUUCAUCGCCGGCCACGGAGGGUGUUGGAGGGGGAUUGGAGGAGCUUCAGGCAGUCUUGUUGCUUGCAGGCCUAGCUCUGCUCAGGCCCGUGGCACCUGGUCUCUGGUAUAUCAUUGGCGUGGCGGUACGGUUAAGCAUAGAUCUCGGCCUUCAUAACGAGGACAUAGACGAGGAGCUCCAUUCUCGGGCGACGUAUGCGGAUCCUGCAACCGAGAACGGGAUUUCAGUCUCUGACGGGGAUGGUCGCAAACAGUGGACUCGAGAUUUGCGGAGACGGCUCUGGUGGUGUGUCUUCAAUCUUGAUCGGCUGGUGUCUGCCUGCGUUGGAAGACCGGUAUCCAUCAACGAAGCUGUAGUCACGACAGAGUUCCCAAGCUUGUUAGACGACCAGUAUAUCACGCCGAGUGGUUUCCUCCUUCCUCCAAACCAGCAGAACCUCCCUAGUUACAAGCUGGUAACUCACCACUACAUUCGCUUGAGGUUGUUACAGUCCGAGAUCUUGCAGGUAUUGCAAUAUCGGCAGGCUGAUCAAGCGAGGAAGCUCGGCGCAAACCGCGACAAUCCGUUCCUCUCGAAAACGCUGGAGUCUCAAUUCAUGAAGCCUUUUCAUUCAUAUCGUGAAUGGCGCUCCAACAUUGACGGCAGGCUUCGCGAAUGGAAAGACUCUGCUCCGAGGCAGAGUGACACGGGUGUUGCGUUCUCGCCGCUCUUCCUAGAGCUGAACUACUGGCAGGCGAUCAUCAUGCUCUAUAGGCAGUCUCUUUCCGUGCCAGAGCCACUGGCCAGUGAACUGAGCCCGGCGACUGGAGAGGAUAUACAAAGCCCGGGUGCUUUCAAUCUGGAGCAAGACGAGGAGCAGCAAAUGGUCUUCUUGAAGGUGGCUCAGGCCGGCCAAACAGUUCUCAAAACUUACCGUCAACUCCAUCGACUCAAGCUUGUCAACUACACAUUUCUCGCGACACAUCACCUGUUCAUGAGUGGGAUCUCAUUCCUUUACGCCAUUUGGCAUUCCACUCUUGUGCGGUCCCAGCUCACGAUUGACGAUGUGGACUUCACCAUCCUGGCAGCAACUUCYGUCCUGACGGACCUCGUGGAAAUGUGCCCGCCGGCUGAGUCCUGCCGGGACGCCUUUGUUCGCAUGAGCAAAGCCACGAUCUCGAUGGUCAUGAGCACCACAGGAUUCGGAGCGACGUCUACACUGGCAAUUCAGCCGCUUAGAGAUUCCGAAGGCUACUUUGGCAUCCGGCCCAGCACUGCAUCGGGGUCUGAAGGAUAUCCUUCAGCCCAAUCAGAUCGACGCAAACAAGCGCCUAGAUUCGAUAUGAACCUGAAAGAACUCUUCUCCACAGAGGAGCUCGCAGGCCGUCCUCUGAUGCACCAAUCAAGGCUUCAGGACUUCCUCAGCCCGCCUCCCAAGCGGGAGACACAACGUCCUCAUUCCGAGCGGGUAACAAUGAACAGCAGUCCGCAAAGCAUCGAAGGCGCCUCGCAAUAUUCCCCAAUGGAGCUCCGGAGAACAUCAAACACACCAUAUCACGCGGGCGUCCAAGACGCAUUCUCGAACUAUUCUGGAAACAACGUUCCCCACACUACUACUACUCACCCGGACUACUCGUUUGACAACCUCGACUUUUUAACAGAGUUCACGGUAGCUGAUUCCGGUGCCACUGCAUGGGGCCAAACGARCGAGCUAGAUCUGAGCGGUACCGUAGGGUUCGACGGGAGCGGGGCGUGGGAAGCCAACGCCGAGCUGCUAGACGGUUUCUUCUUCAAUGGGUCUGGGAACACCGCCGGACAUUGA